AUGCCUAGGUCGAUCCGAACUGGACCCUGGCGCUAUCCAGAUCCGGUGCCCAAGGGCCAUAUCCAGACGAAUACAGUCCAACUGACCUUCGCUACAGAAAAGGAUAAGAAGCAUGCCAAAGAACAUGGCGGCAGCGUCGCUGCAGCGGUGACCCAUCAAGCGGCUGGCAAGUUCUCCAGGAACGGUGGUGGCAGCGACAACAGCAGCAGUAACAAUCAGCCUGUCAAGAGCGGUCCAAACUCGAACGAAUCUACGCCCCCCAUCAAUACACCCGACAUCAAAGCAACCGUGCUUGACAAUGUCCAAACCGCACCCUCGCCUCUGCUGGAUGCCAUAUCCAACGUGUCGGUUUCCGCAAGCACUGCCCCCAGCAUGACACACGAGUGGGCGCGCUCCGGCGCCUUUGCUGGAUCGCCGGGCAAUCUGAUCAACUUUAUGGGCGAUUCACCCCCUACGAUGCCGUCCUCAUACGAGGACGCCCCAGGCCGUGCACAACCUGGAUGGCCCGACCAAAGGGCCUUUGUGAGCUCUUCUCCUGCUUCACCAUCGCCGCCACACACUUUCCGCAGACCUAUGAGCUACAACGUGGAGCAACAUUAUCAGCCGCCUGGUUCCAUGCCCAGGGCUUCUCCAGGUGCGCCCAGACGGAGCUCCCUGCAGUCUCAACUGUCUCAACCACGAUUCAGCGCUAUGGCUGCUCCACAACCACAUCAACAGGCGCAUUUGUACGGUGCCUCUGAUCUUGACCUGACAAUCACACCGCGAUCUGGCAUCAAGGCGAGCGAGCGUGGAUACUACUUCGGGUUCGACCGGUGGCCAGAUGUGGCCGCUAAUGGCAAACCAAGCCCUCAUGUUGUCCUGGCUGGUUACGAGGGCGGCCUGGACGUCUAUGCUGUGAACAAGAAAGGGCUGGACUGCCUGGGCGGGUUAAAAGGACUUCACGGCGGCGUAUUCCACGCCAAGAUUCUCCCAUGGUCCACGACUGAUGAAACGGGGGACGUCUACCCGCUAAUCGCAGUUGUACUACACGGACCAGUCUUACCAACCGCGCUCAACCACGACGACAAGAGCGAAGCGGCGUCUGGUGCUCAGCGCAAGAACGAGGUCGAUUCUUACCGGACAACAGUGCAGGUUUACUCCCUCAAAACUAGUAAACUGAUCGAGACACUCAUGACUCUACCUCCUGUACCGAUCAACACCGCCAUUGCUUUGACCAGCCCGGCAUUUCAGCCACCUGCUCCAACAGGCUCACUCACGAUCAAGGCCGAGGCAGGGAACAUUGCAAUCUGCUCUGGAGCGAGCGGCGAGUGCUGGAUUUACACCCAACUCUCCGCUGACCAAAACAGCCACUUGUUUGCGUGUGUUGGGAAGGUCUGGACAACUCUGCAACACGGCCCCCGAGGCGACAUCCCCAAGGAAAAUGAGCAACAGGCUUCAUCAUCAACCAAAUCUGCAAGGCCGAGCGCGCCAGCACCCAUCUUUGCACUCAACGGACGGUGGCUUGCGUACUGCCCUCCCACCUCGGGCUCGUCUCCCCCAGCACUUCAAGCGCACAUCACGGUGCCAAUUCUGGGACGCGCCGCGGGACUCAAGGACCUGUUGGCGCCGCAUGUUCCCCUCAUUACGGCAUCAGUCGAUUUGAUCUCUGAUAGUUUCGUGAACAAACUCAUGCGGGACACGACGCAAGAACUGAUUUCAGGGGCAAAAUGGGUUGGUCAACAAGGGCUGCAAGCGUGGAACACAUAUUGGAACAAGCCAACCGAUCUGCAGCCACAAGCACAACACUUGCCAGCUCAAGGCUCCCCUGGCUUGUUUCCUCCAACUCACGGCACGCCUGUGCGACCUUCAUCAAAAGAGCCCGGUCUAGUCUCUAUUGUUGAUCUGCAUUCCAUGUCGACAUCCGCAUCGGUAGUACCGAUCACCAGCUUUGCCCCCCCGCAAGGCUGCAGUUUUCUGUCCUUUUCGCCUUCGUCAACAGCCCUCUUCACUGCGAGCAGUAAGGGUGAUGUCCAGAACGUCUGGGACCUACUCCGCAUCCAGCACACGAAAUACUCGCCUUUGCAAUCGACGAUAUCUCCCGAAGAAGGCAACGGGCCCUUGAUCAGACAGAUUGCGCAUUUUUCGCGGAUGACAGUCGCACGGGUCGUAGAUGUUGCCUGGGCAGAGCCUCACGGGGAGCGCUUGGCCAUGGUCACCGAGCGAGGUACAGUCCAUCUGCUCGAGAUGCCUUUCAGUGCCCAUAUGUGGCCACCGCCCCGGCGGAGAGUCCCCAAUGUAGAGAAAGAUGCUGGCACCAAGGAGGCAAAUAACUCAGCCGUCUCAAUGGCCACCGGGGCUUUCGGCGCCGCCUAUUCAGCAGCCAUGCCCUUUGUCGCCCGAUCCCGGAGAGGUAGUGCCGCAACCCCGCCCGUUGGUGCUAUCAAUCCUACGUCGACCUUCAGGGACACAGCGGCCCAUGGGGGGAGGGUGAUUGCUGCUGGGAUAACACAUUCCCUAGGCAAGACGGGAACGGCUAUCAACCACUUCCGUCAUGCCGGAGAAAAUCGUGUUGCAGUGCCGCCAAGCUCCACCUCACCAGCAGCCGCCUGUGUUGAAUGGAUGCGAGGGCGCAAGUCACACAGCCUGUUCGCACUGGGCGAUGGGCUGGUCCGAACCUUUCCAUCCAAGCAGAAACGCAUGUCAACCCAUCGCGGAGCUGGGUCGAGUCGCAACCAAGACUUCAAGGUACCUUUGCUACCCGACGACAUCAUCGCUUCAGCCGUGCGACAGAUUCUCGAGUCCGGCACGGAAGAAGAGGUUCUUGAUAUGACUGAUCGGGAUAUGGAAGCAGGCAACAACACUUUGACUCUAAACCACGCUCGACAAAAGGCGUCUAUUGGCCCUGGGCCAGCCUUCUACAUCCCGCAAGCCGAGAUUGAAUCAAGCGCCCCUUACCAGCCAUUCCACACCGACCGACGAGUCACUCUUUGCGAACUUAUCAGGCCCCCUCAUGGUGGCCAAGAUGAGCAGACUUUGGUGAAUGGGCUUGAGGCUACCAGCCUUGAGGCAAAGCCCUCCAAGAAAAAGAAGCCACGACAACAAAACCAGCAAGUGCUCGAAUCGAACGGCGCAUGGGCUUUUGGCCAGGAUGUUCCGGCGACCAAUCUACACAUUGGACCGAGGUUGGCACUGGACGAUGAUGGCGAACCGGGCGAUCUGGCAUUGCCACCGUCUGCCAUGGAGCGCACAUUGCAGUACGGUGACCACGAGCAGAUUGUCGUAACUACUCGCAAACGCCGCGGACCCCGAAACGGAGAUCAAGACGGCGAUGGCUUUUUCGAAGACGACUGCGAGGUAUUGGAUUUUGCCGACCAGAGAGUUUGA